ACAGAUAUCAGUGAGAACAAUGGUCAAGGAUAGCUCCAGCAUCCAGCAGCUGUGCAACACAGCUUUUGAGUUUAUCAUAAUUAGUGUUAAUAAUUACAGUUGUGAUAAGAAACAAACAAGGCUUUUAUUGAUGGCAUAACUGACGCCGAUCCCAGAUCAUCUCCAGGAGUGCGACGAGUCAGAAGAGAGAGCAGAUACUUUGGAUUUGGGACAGUUUUGAGCAUUGUCAGAGCCACAUAGAGAGGAAGCAGCGGUCCUCCAAGCAGCAGAGGCAACAAUGAUGCGACCAGGAGCCAAGCAGUAUGUGGUGGCCAGGCCCAUCUACUCUGAGGAGUCCUUCAGCGAGGAGCAUGAGAAGGUCUACAGGCCCCGCAAGACCAUCCUGAACCACCUCGAGCAGUUCUUCACGUGUGAUGCCAGGCGUGCCAAGAAUGCAGCGCUCUCUCUCCUGCCCAUCAUUGGCUGGUUGAAAAUCUACAGAGUCAAAGAGUGGCUGCUCAGUGACAUCGUGUCAGGGGUCAGCACCGGACUGGUCGCUGUGCUGCAGGGUCUGGCCUACUGUCUGCUGGCCUCCCUGCCACCAUGGUACGGACUCUUCUCUGCGUUCUUCCCGGUCAUCAUUUACUUCUUCCUUGGCACUUCCAGGCACAUUUCAGUGGGUCCGUUCCCUGUCCUGUGUCUGAUGAUCGGGUCAGUGGUCACCAGGCUGGUCCCAGACGAGGGUCCACCCCUCAACAUCACAGGAUUUGAAGGCCUGACGAGGGACGAGCAGCGAGUGUUGGUGGCUUCAUCUGUGACCUUCCUCGCUGGACUCAUGCAGCUGGCGAUGGGCGUACUGCAGGUGGGCUUUGUUGUCAUGUACCUGUCUGACACCCUAGUGUCCGGCUUCACCACGGCAGCUGCCAUCCACAUCCUGGUGUCACAGCUCAAGUUUGUGCUCGGGCUGCAAGUCCCAGGCAUCAGUGGCCCUCUCUCCAUCAUAUAUACCCUGGAGAUCAUCUUCAACAAGAUCACCUCCACCAAUGUGUGUGAUGUGGUCAUCUCUUUGGUCAUCAUGGUAGUGGUGUUCGUCGUAAAGGAGAUAAACGACCGAUUCAAAUCCAAGCUGCCAGUGCCCAUCCCCAUAGAGGUCAUCAUGACUGUUAUUGCAUGCGGACUCUCUUAUGGCUUUGACUUCAAGACGAAAUAUGGCAUUGAUGUUGUUGGACAUAUCCCAAAAGGGUACGAGCCUCCAAUGGCUCCAAACCUGCACAUCUUCCAGGAGUCAGCAGUGGAAGCGUUUCCUAUGGCUAUAGUGGGUUUUGCUGUGGCCUUCUCUGUGGCAAAAGUCUACUCUGUGAAACAUGAUUACACCAUAGAUGGAAAUCAGGAGCUGAUAGCAUUUGGAGUUAGUAACAUCUUUGGAGCGUCCUUCAAGUCUUUUGCUGCGAGUACAGCUCUGUCCAGGAGUGCAGUGCAGGAAAGCACAGGCGGCAAGACUCAGGUGGCUGGUUUACUGUCAGCUGUGAUAGUGAUGAUCGUUACAUUGGCCAUUGGAUUCUUACUAGACCCACUCCCUAAGUCUGUGCUGGGUGCCGUGGUCAUCGUCAACCUGAAAGGCAUGCUAAUGCAGGUUAGAGAGAUCCCUUACCUGUGGAGGAGGGACAAACCAGACUGUGUGGUUUGGAUCGGGACCUGUGUUGCAGCCAUAUUACUGGGGCUGGAUCUUGGAUUGGCUGUAGGCCUCGGUGUGGAGCUGCUCAGUGUGGUCCUCAGGGUUCAAUUUCCACGCUGCAGUGUGCUGGCCAACAUCAAGGAAACAGAUAUCUACAAAGACAGAAAGGACUAUAUUGAUAUAUACGAGCCAGAAGGUGUGAAGAUCUUCAGGAUUCCGUCGCCAAUCUUCUUCGCCAACAUUGAGUUCUUUAGGAACAAGCUAGUGGAAGCUGUUGGAUUUAACCCACUGCGAGUGCUGAGGAAGAGAAAUAAAGCACUCAGAGUGAUCCGGAAGCUUUUAAAAAAAGGUGACCUGCAGUGGACCUCAACAGGCUUCUUGAAUACCUCUUGCGGACCAAUAAAAGAAUCAGAGGAUGAGAGCAGCAUGGAGGAGCUGGACCUGCCCACUGACUUCAAGGACCUUCCUGCCCGGAUCAACUGGAAUGCCGACCUUCCAGCCAACAUAUAUGUUCCGAGAGUGGACCUCCACAGCCUCAUCCUGGACUUUGCUGGUGUUUCCUUCCUGGAUAUCUCUGCUCUGAAGGGGCUCAAAAAUUUACUGAAAGAGCUGAUCCGGGUUGAGGUGGACAUUUACAUUGUGGCUUGUGAUGUUUACAUCCUGGAGAAACUGCACGAGUGUUGCUUCUUUGAUGAUGAAGUUCAGCCAACCAUGUUCUUCCUGACUCUGCAUGAUGCCAUGCUGCACAUCCUCACGAAACAUCCGGAGAUGACACAAACGAACUCCGACUAUGAAAAGAUUACAACAACAGUCACAGUCCACUACCCUGGAGGCAGUUUGUGGAGCAGAGAUGGCAACCCGACUUCACAUCCAGAAACCAGGUUCUAACGUCUGGAUUAGAAGAUGGCGACUGCUGGAAGAAAACAUUAAAACAAACAA